GCUACUUUUCCAGGAAAAGAGGAAGUGUGCUAUCUGGACCCAGAUCCCUGGGCGAGCUUUUGUUAGCCUGCUAUCCUGGUCGGUGCCUAAGUGAGUUGGCUCUUUGAGCACUGCUUCUGGCUUAACUCGAUUCAGGCAAGAGCCCCCAUACACUGAGCUGUCCCCUCUGGGGUGAUGUCAUUCUACCUCACCGUUCUCCCAAGUACACUGAGCUAACGGCUGCUGGCCCUUCUCCCGGGAGCUGUCCUGGGCAGCAGGGUUUAUUGGCAAUCCCAUGGUGAGGCAGAGAGAUGCUGUUGUCUCAAUCUCUAGGGAUGAUGUUGGGCAUAGAGAGUUGACCUGGGUCCUUCAUGGUAGCCUUGUCACCCUUACUUAAACCCAUGGGGGUUUAAAAAUAGGAGGCGGGGAGUAUGAAGGGAGGAUGUCCUCAGAUUCCAAGCCUUGAUGGGAACGUAUGAGGCCCCAAGUGGGAACAACUGGUAGAUACGUUAGUUAUUGGUAGCAGUUACACCUUAGCUGUUCCAGAUCCUUUACUACUCGUGUGGUAACCCAUCAGGAGUGGACGGGAAGCCAAGAUAUGAGUGACCAGCAAGUCACUCAUGGUGGAAGGCUACAGAAGAGUAUGGAACUGAACCAGCUCCAUGGUUGGUCUCUUUUCUCCAUUCACCCGAUCAGAAAGGCCAAACUCAAAAACCAAGGCUGUUAUCUCAGCAAGUAACCAUGUGAUCUCCAGCUUCCUGGUACUCGUGACCAAGGAUGCAAUCUCUGUUGUUUGUUCUUCCUUGUUUGUUUAUUUGUUUGAGGUGACUCACAUAGUGUAGGCUGCUCUCUUUUCUGUAGCUGAUAAUGGCUUUGAACUCUUGAUCUUCCUCUAUCUGCCUCCAAAGUGCUGAGAUUACAGAUCUGAACCACCACGCUCAGCCACAGAAUGGUUUUGAAACAUUCGCUGGGGAGGAAGGAGGCAGAUAGAUGCUCUGUGGAGACAGUUUCCUGGAACUCACUCUGUCUUCUGCCUUCAGAAGGCAUUUCCACAGAGGGAAAGGUGGCUAGAGAUAAGGCUUUCAACUCCCUGGGUUGCUCUUUGCUGAGUGUGUAGCCACAGAAAGUAGGGUCCUGCGGUUGUUACAACCCGAUGCCUCAAGUUCAAUGGCUUAAAACAGCAAACUCUGGUUAUCGGAAGCCUGGAAUCCAACUGUAAGCAGAACCACGCCCCCGACCCCAGCCCCAGCCCCCAAGAGUAUGGGGCCAGAUCCUUUCUUGCCUCCCUUCCUUCUGAGCUUUCUGGCAAUCCUUGAGGCUGUUUGGCUUGUACUUGUGUCUCACUGACCUCAGCUUCCAACUCCACAUAUCUGUCUUCUCUGUGCAACUGCUCAAACGGCCAUCUUGUAAGACCACUAAUUACUGCAUUUAGGGCCCACCCUAAUCCAGUAUGAUCUCAUCUUAACUAAUUACCUUGCCAAGACUCUGUUUCUAAAUAAGGUCACACUCUCGGCUCCCUAGUGGGCAUGAACUUGGUGGAAGGGAAAACAGGACAGCACAGAAGCCUCUGGAAGCCUCAGUUUCCUUGUAUGUAAAAUGUAUUAUAGGAUUAGAGUCCUGAGUAAAGAGGCUGGAUAGAGCAGGAUUGCAUAAAUGUGCUUUUAUAUUUUUUUAUGUAAUUAAUCUUCUGUGACAUUAUUUUCUUCUCCUAUUGGUGCUGAUAUUUGAGCCCAGGGUCUUUGGCAUGCUUGUCGAUCAUUCUACCUUUGGGCUGCACGUAGCCCCUCUUUAUGACUUUAUGAGUCUACCCAUCCACUCCCUCAGCAUCAGUCUAUUCAAGAAUGAUGACUGGGCAUUGUGGAUGCUGCCCAGAGUUUGGCAGAGGAAGUAAGAAGUGACAGUUUUGCCCUCAGAGUUGGGAGCAAAGAAAGGUUUAGGAAGGUGUCAUAAGGUAGCAGAGUUUGAAGGAAGACUACUUAAGACCAAGGUAGUAGCCUGUAAAAUGUCCUGGCAGGAGCACUGAGGGCAGAGAGAGGGCAGGGCAGGUACCAGCAAGGCAAAGAAUUUCUCUGCAGGGCAAAGGGGGCCUUUGAAGGGUUUUCCAGUGGGAGAGGAAAAAAACAAAAGUUCCAAUUUACAUGUGGAACAUUGAAGUUCCAUUAAGGAAACGGCAGCCUUGCAAACUGUGGACAUCACCAGGAGACAGGAGUGGUGGGGGAGGGAGUUAGGUGUGGCUUGGAGGAGGUCACAGAUAACACCAAUUGGAAGGGACCAGUCGGAGGUGGGGGUGGCUCCUGAGGGGCUGGACUCUGGUUCCUGAGGCUGGUAAGGAUCAGAGGAGGGUAGCUACUUGACUCAGGUUGGGGCUUGUUGACCUUGGGCAUCUGACACAGACAGUGGCUCAGACUUGGGCCCUAUGCAUCCACGAUGUAAAGAGGCAAAGGAACUGUCCCAAAGAGGAAGGAAGCUCUGGGAGUACCAGCCUGCUCUAACGGUUUCAGGGAAGAUUGGCUGUGGGUUUCCGCAGAGUGUGGGGGAGUUCCUGCUUAUCCAUACAGCUGAUUUUCAAGAACCACCUCCCCAAGAAAGGUUUGGGGGCUCCUACUGGACGAGCCAUGAAGAAUCGGUUUCUGGUGCUGGGCCUGGUGGCGGUGGUUCUGGUGUUCGUCAUCAUCGGCCUCUGCAUCUGGCUACCCACCACCUCUGGGAAGCCUGACCAUGUGUACUCCAGGGCGGCCGUGGCCACAGAUGCCAAGCGUUGCUCAGAGAUUGGGCGGGAUAUGCUACAGGAAGGCGGCUCCGUAGUGGACGCGGCCAUCGCAAGCCUGCUGUGUAUGGGGCUCAUUAAUGCCCACAGUAUGGGCAUCGGGGGCGGCCUCUUCUUCACCAUCUACAACAGCACCACACGAAAAGCUGAAGUUAUCAAUGCCCGUGAAAUGGCUCCCAGGUUGGCCAAUACCAGCAUGUUCAAUAAUUCUAAGGACUCUGAAGAAGGAGGCCUUUCAGUGGCAGUUCCUGGUGAAAUCCGUGGCUAUGAGCUGGCACACCAACGGCAUGGCCGGCUACCCUGGGCUCGCCUCUUCCAACCCAGCAUCCAACUGGCUCGCCAUGGCUUCCCUGUGGGCAAGGGCUUGGCAAGAGCCCUGGACAAAAAACGGGACAUCAUUGAGAAGACACCUGCUUUGUGCGAGGUGUUCUGCCGGCAAGGGAAGGUGCUUCAGGAAGGAGAGACAGUAACUAUGCCGAAGUUGGCCGAUACGUUGCAAAUACUGGCCCAGGAAGGGGCCAGGGCCUUCUACAAUGGGAGCCUCACAGCCCAGAUUGUGAAAGACAUCCAGGAGGCUGGGGGCAUUAUGACGGUUGAGGACCUUAACAACUAUCGUGCGGAAGUGAUCGAGCAUCCGAUGAGCAUCGGCCUCGGGGACUCCACCCUGUACGUGCCCAGCGCCCCACUCAGCGGGCCCGUGCUGAUUCUCAUCUUGAACAUCCUCAAAGGAUACAACUUCUCUCCAAAGAGCGUGGCAACCCCAGAACAGAAGGCGCUGACGUAUCACCGUAUCGUGGAGGCCUUUCGGUUUGCCUAUGCCAAGAGGACCAUGCUCGGUGACCCAAAGUUUGUCGAUGUGUCUCAGGUCAUCCGCAACAUGAGUUCUGAGUUCUACGCUACUCAGCUUCGAGCCCGCAUCACUGAUGAAACCACUCACCCAACCGCCUACUAUGAGCCUGAAUUCUACCUUCCAGACGAUGGGGGUACCGCUCACCUGUCCGUGGUUUCCGAGGAUGGCAGUGCUGUGGCCGCCACCAGUACCAUCAACCUCUACUUUGGCUCCAAGGUCCUCUCUCGGGUCAGUGGCAUCCUGUUUAAUGACGAGAUGGAUGACUUCAGCUCGCCCAACUUCACCAACCAGUUUGGGGUAGCGCCCUCACCAGCCAACUUCAUCAAGCCAGGUAAGCAACCGCUUUCAUCCAUGUGCCCCUCAAUCAUCGUGGAUAAGGACGGCAAGGUUCGGAUGGUGGUUGGAGCCUCGGGAGGUACCCAGAUCACCACGUCUGUUGCACUGGCCAUCAUCAACAGCCUGUGGUUCGGGUAUGAUGUGAAGAGAGCUGUGGAGGAGCCCCGUCUUCACAACCAGCUUUUGCCCAAUACCACAACAGUAGAGAAAAAUAUUGAUCAGGUGGUGACUGCAGGUCUGAAGACUCGGCACCACCAUACAGAGGUCACACCCGACUUCAUCGCUGUGGUUCAGGCCGUCGUUCGAACGUCAGGUGGUUGGGCAGCUGCCUCAGAUUCCAGAAAAGGCGGGGAGCCCGCUGGCUACUGAGUGCCCGGAAGGGGCAAGACUGACCUGCAGCCAAGAGACGAGAGUGGGACUCUGGAGAACAUGCUGCCCCUGGGUGGGAGAGAGCAGGAUAAUAAACAGAGGCCGCCGCCAAGUUGCGGGAAGCCUUUGCAGGCUGGA